GAUACCCUUCGUGCUGUACAUCACGAUUAUAACGUUCGCAGCAUUGCGCGUAAUUACUGCCGUGUUCCUCAAGGACACCUUGGAGGCAGCUCAAAGUGAUGCGGAACACCAAGUCGCAGAGAAGCUCAAGAGGAAGGCACAGUAUGUUGAGAAGCUGGAAGUCAUGUUCAAAGCCAUCGACGAAACUGGCAAUGGCAUGAUUACCGAGGAGCGCUUGAACCAACUACUCAGCAAUCCGACUGUGCGGGCUUAUCUUGAGACUUUGGACCUGGCUGUGCCCGAGGGCACAGCUCUCUUCCACAUUCUGGACAAUGGUGAUGGUGAGGUGACAUUGGAGGAGUUUAUCGAUGGAAUUCUGCGCUGCAAAGGGCCGGCAAGAGCCAUUGAUCAGGUGGCACUUCACGCUGACAUCAGGCAGCUAGAUCAAAAACUCGCCGUUGCUGUGCAGCUGCUGAGUGACUGGGACAGGGACAGAAGUGGGACUCAAAGCAUCGAUACCUCCCACAGCCGCAUCGACAGCCGCAAGAACAAAGUGGCCGAACAUCUACGAGUCUUCCAUCUGGACCAGUCCAUGGAGCUGGACAUGGGAAGGAUGCGAAGUGCGCGAUCGGCCAGGUCCGGCAGAUCCGGGUCCAGCGCCAGUGACGCACGCUACAGCAUCUUCUCGGUGCUCUCGGGGGCACUCGCAACUUCCCAGCCGGGAUCCCGCAAGACUUCGCAGUUAGGACACUGA